AUACGACAUGUUGACUUUUAUUGUGAAAUCUGUUAACCCGGAACUAGCCAAAUGGAGCUUGAACGUCUCUUUUUCCCGGCUGUCACCUUCAGUCCUGACAGCGUGUGACCCUCGCCCUUCUACGUGACACAUUGUCCCCGCUGCAGCUCCGCCAUGAACCAAACAUCCUGUGUGUUCCUGCUCCAGUUCUCCAGGGGGGGGCUCGCAGCCGCUGGCCGCCGUGCCGGGGCCUCCGCCCGUGUCCCGCCUGCCCCCCGCGGUCACUCUUACUCCAGCAGCGUCAAGGUGCGCCCCUAUCUCCGGUACAUAAAACGCAAGAUCCUCCCCCAUCCCAGUCCUCCGUACAGCCACGUGUGCCAGGUGGGGGACCCGGUGCUGCGCGUGCACGCGGCUCCCGUGGACCCCGCGGCCGUCUCCAGCCCGGAGGUCCAAAAGGUCAUCAACACUAUGGUGAGAGUGAUGCGGCAGCUUGAGUGUGUGGGACUCAGUGCGCCUCAGAUCGGGGUGCCGCUCCGCAUCCUCGGCCUGGAAUACCCCGAGAGGAUGCUGAGGGAGAGUCUGCCCGCCUCCAGGGACCUCCUCGGCCUCUCGGUCCAGCCGCUCAGGAUCUUUGUCAACCCCCAGCUGACGGUCCUCGACAGAAGGACGGCGCUCUUCCAGGAAGCCUGCGAGAGCAUCUCGGGCUUCUCCGCUGCAGUUCCCCGCUACCUGUCGGUGGGAGUGUCGGGUCUGAACGAGAAGGGGGAAGCAGUCACGUGGCGGGCCAGCGGCUGGCCGGCUCGGAUCCUCCAGCACGAGAUGGACCACCUGGACGGCGUCCUCUAUGUAGACCGCAUGGACAGCAAGACCUUCAUCAACAUCAGCUGGCAGGAACACAAUGAAUAGUGGACCCUCAGGAAUGUAGGAGCUGAUGACCUCAUAUCACCUGCCUCAUGUUUCAGGUGAAAGACUGCAGGCGCAGAAAGGGACGCACUUGGGUUUGCGAUUGGACCGACUUUGACUUGAAAUGCUUCACAACAACAGGGCUGAUUGAAUCCUUAAUCUGAAUUUUAAAGAUCUGUCUGGAGGCGAUGGACGAUGAAAGCGUGUGCAACGAGAUGAGUGAUAGAAGUUGCAUUAUGUAGACACAAGCAAAUAAAAAGGAGGAUGAAAGGUCCAGUAGUGUGAUCAUUUUCGCUCUUUUUACAUGUCCAGAACCAAUAUUUGGUUAUUAAAAUCGGUUUUGUAUUACUUCGUAUUUCCAAAACACUUUG